AUGUACAGCGUGGUUGCCCAUCAGAACUACGGGCGGGGAGACCGACGUAAAGGGCAGCAGCAGCAGCAACAGCAGGGGGCCCAGGGACAGCAACAGGAGCCGCAGGGCUCGGCCCACAGGGUCCACCACCACCACCACCACAGACACUCCCUCGGCUCCAGGCUCAUCGGCUUCAUCAGGAGACGACUCAAUCCCGAACCAGCCAGGUACAACCUCUCUCUGAUGACACUGUGA